AUGCUUGGCCCGGCUCGACGGGCCGUUCUCUUUGGUCGGUUCAACGUUGCUUGGGACUUUCCACCAGGCAUAUUUUUUAUUUUUAUCAUUCCUGUAGGUACUCUAGUGUGUCUCCGAGUUUUGGCCUUUAGUCCAUUGGUGUUAGAGUUGGUACCAUACACUGCCAUGCUUUUACUCACAUGUAUUAUCAUAGUACUUGCUGUUUUGAGCGAAUGGACAAUGAUCAGUUUGUUUCUCUGCGAUCCCGGAUUCACCGACGAUGCCGAGGGCGGGGAGGUUUAUUGUUGUCCAGUUUGUCAGCAUUACGUGCGGGGAUACGAUCAUCACUGUGGCAUUCUAGGGGUGUGUGUUGGGGAGCGGAACAUUGGGUUCUUUAUAUCCUUCUUGACAUGUGUAAGUUGUCUCAUGUGGUUGUUUGCUGGGUAUGCCAGUGUGAUGGCGCUGGCAUCGUUGAAGGAGGUAUUUGCCCAUCGCUUGCUUCGUGAAAGACUGCUGCUGCUGCUGACGAAGGAGUGGUGGUUCGCCUCGAAAAUGCGGCCUGUGACGUUUAUUCUUUUAUUUUUGUUGUGCUACGGGGCGUCUUUCACAACCCUGCUAGGCGCCGUCUAUUGGUUUCAGCUUUGGAGGGGGAUGCACUCGUUGCAGCGAAGGCGAAACACGGCGCUCCGAAUGACGAAGAAUGAUGUUUUUCGCCACAUGUGGACACCCACUUUGGCAGGAACGGCGCUGCUGAAUCGCGUCAAUGCGGAGAAACGCGUGCACGUCCAGCUGGCCGAGGAAGCCGUGUAA